AUGCUUGCUGCAACAGGUGAGACGCUGAAGAUCCUGGUCGGACAGGAAGGCGCUGAGAUCACGCGCACAGGUGUGGGGGGAGGAGGAGGAACAUUUGUUACGAAGUCUGACAACACGCCACUGAUCAUCGCGGGGGGUGGGGGAGGUGGUGGCGGGAGACUUCAGACGCAUAACCUCCUGUGUGACGGGACUGUCUCAACAGCUGGGAACAAAAGUUUUGCGGAAGGUAAAACUGGUUAUGGUGGGGGGAUUGAUGGACAAGGGGCGACAGAAUGGAAGGGCGACUUCAUGGGUGGGGGAGGGGGAGGGCUGCUGACAGAUGGAGGGAGUGCUAAACAGUGGGGAGGCAACAGUUGUGACCAUGGUGGGGAAGGUGGGAAGGCGUUUGUCAAUGGUGGGUUAGGGGGUCGUGGAAGACAUCAAAAUGCCUUCGGUGGAUUUGGAGGUGGGGGAGGGGGUCACGGAGAUGGGUUUGGGGCAGGGGGAGGAGGCGGUUACUCAGGCGGGGGAAGGGGAUGUCGUGAUGUUUUAAACGGUGGCGGAGGAGGUUCGUUUAAUUCUGGUGCAGACACCAGUGGCCAGGAUGGGGCCAAUGAUGGACCAGGGUAUAUAAUAAUUUCUGUGAAAACAUAG